AUUUACCAAAAUUUGUUAGUUAAAUAUCCGAUGGGUAUGCAGGCGUUGCAAGCUGGUACAUUAAUGGGUGUUGGUGAUCAAAUAGCACAAAAUUUAGUCGAGAAACGUAAAUUUAAUGAACUUGAUUUUUUACGUACUGCGCAAUUUUAUUCAAUUGGUCUUUUUAUUGCCGGACCAUCUGUAAGAGGCUGGUAUGGAAUUCUUGAUAAAUAUUUCGGAUCCAAAGGAAGUGUCGUCGCUUUAAAAAAAGUCGCUUGUGAUCAAUUUUUAUUCGCGCCCCCAUUCAUCGCCGUUUUGUUGGCAACCAUUGGUUUCAUGCAGGGCAAUAAUGCCGAGGGGGUUCAGAAAAAAUUGUCUAAUGAGUACAAAGAUAUUCUUAUAAAUAAUUACAAGAUUUGGCCCCUGGUUCAAUUAAUUAACUUCGGUCUCGUGCCAUUGAACUAUCAAGUACUCGUCAAUCAAAUCGUUGCUAUAUUUUGGAAUACAUAUAUUUCAUUUAGAACCAACAGAGAUUCAGUUAAAAAUCAGUGA